GCCCCUAGUCCCGCCCGCCCGCCGCGCCAGGCGCCGGGCCCGCCGCUGAGCCCGGCCCGCCGGCGCGCCCCGUCCGGGAUGGGGCGCCUGGACGCCUGAGUCGCCGUUCGGCGCGACCUUCGCGCGGGGGAAGCAGUCGGCGCCGCGCGGCCGCGCUAGAAUGGAGAGACCCGGCGGCAGCGAUCCCAGCGGCGACGGGGCUGGGGACGGUGCCCACCCGGACCCCCGGGUCCCCGGCGCCGCUGCGGCCAGCUCUGGCCCGUGCGCGGCCGCCCGGGAGUCCGAGCGCCAGCUGCGCCUCCGCCUCUGCGUCCUCAACGAGAUCUUGGGCACCGAGAGGGACUACGUGGGCACCUUGCGCUUCUUGCAGUCGGCAUUCCUGCAUCGCAUCCGGCAGAACGUGGCGGACUCCGUGGAGAAGGGCCUCACGGAAGAGAACGUCAAGAUCCUGUUCUCGAACAUCGAAGACAUCUUGGAAGUUCACAAGGAUUUCUUGGCUGCCUUGGAGUAUUGUUUACAUCCCGAGCCUCAGUCUCAGCAUGAACUUGGGAACGUUUUUUUAAAAUUCAAGGACAAGUUCUGCGUGUACGAGGAAUAUUGCAGCAACCACGAGAAGGCCCUGCGGCUGCUUGUGGAGCUCAACAAGAUCCCCACUGUCCGCGCCUUCCUCUUGAGUUGCAUGCUUCUGGGAGGCCGGAAGACCACAGACAUCCCUCUGGAGGGCUACCUGCUGUCUCCAAUUCAGAGGAUUUGCAAGUACCCCCUUCUCCUCAAGGAGCUCGCCAAGAGGACCCCCGGCAAGCACCCCGACCACCCCGCGGUCCAGAGCGCCCUGCAGGCCAUGAAGACCGUCUGCUCUAACAUCAACGAGACCAAGCGGCAGAUGGAGAAGCUGGAGGCCUUGGAGCAGCUGCAGUCCCACAUCGAAGGCUGGGAGGGCUCUAACCUCACGGACAUCUGCACCCAGCUCCUCCUACAAGGCACCUUGUUAAAAAUCUCUGCGGGCAACAUCCAGGAGAGGGCCUUCUUCCUCUUUGACAACCUCCUCGUCUAUUGCAAGAGGAAGUCCAGGGUCACGGGGGGCAAGAAAUCCACCAAGAGGACCAAGUCCAUCAAUGGUUCCCUCUACAUCUUCCGGGGUCGAAUCAACACUGAAGUCAUGGAGGUGGAGAAUGUGGAAGACGGGACAGCGGAUUACCACAGCAAUGGCUACACUGUCACCAACGGCUGGAAGAUCCACAACACGGCCAAGAACAAGUGGUUUGUCUGCAUGGCCAAGACGGCGGAGGAGAAGCAGAAGUGGCUGGAUGCCAUUAUCCGCGAGAGGGAGCAGCGUGAGAGCCUGAAGCUGGGCAUGGAGCGGGACGCCUACGUCAUGAUUGCGGAGAAGGGGGAGAAGCUUUACCACAUGAUGAUGAACAAGAAGGUGAACCUGAUCAAGGACCGCCGGAGAAAGCUGAGCACCGUCCCCAAGUGCUUCCUCGGCAAUGAGUUUGUGGCCUGGCUUCUGGAAAUUGGUGAAAUCAGCAAGACGGAAGAAGGAGUCAACUUGGGCCAGGCCCUGUUGGAGAAUGGUAUAAUCCACCAUGUCUCUGACAAGCACCAGUUCAAGAACGAGCAGGUGAUGUACCGCUUCCGCUAUGAUGACGGCACCUACAAGGCCCGGAGUGAACUGGAGGACAUCAUGUCCAAGGGUGUGAGGCUUUACUGCCGCCUUCACAGCCUCUACGCCCCCGUGAUCAAAGACCGCGAUUACCACCUGAAGACGUACAAGUCAGUGCUGCCGGGGAGCAAGCUGGUCGACUGGCUGCUGGCUCAGGGUGAUUGCCAGACGCGCGAGGAGGCGGUGACGCUCGGUGUGGGCCUGUGUAACAACGGCUUCAUGCACCACGUGCUGGAGAAGAGUGAGUUCAAGGACGAGUCCCAGUAUUUCCGCUUCCACGCAGACGAGGAGAUGGAGGGAACCAGCAGCAAGAACAAACAGCUGCGCAAUGACUUCAAGCUGGUGGAGAACAUUCUGGCCAAGCGCCUGCUGAUCCUGCCCCAGGAGGAGGAUUACGGCUUUGACAUCGAGGAGAAGAACAAGGCCGUGGUGGUGAAGUCGGUCCAGAGGGGCUCGCUGGCUGAGAUGGCCGGCCUGCAGGUGGGGCGGAAGAUCUACUCCAUCAACGAGGACCUGGUGUUCCUGAGGCCCUUUGCCGAGGUCGAGCCCAUCCUCAACCAGUCUUUCUGCUCCCGCCGUCCGCUGCGCCUCCUGGUGGCCACCAAGGCCAAAGAGAUCAUCAAAGUUCCCGACCAUCCAGAGGCUCUGUGCUUCCAGAUCCGUGGAGCCGCCCCGCCGUAUGUCUACGCCGUGGGCAGAGGCUCCGAGGCUGCGGCCGCAGGGCUCUGUGCCGGCCAGUGCAUCCUGAAGGUCAACGGCAACAACGUGCUGAAUGACAGUGCGCUGGAGGUCCUGGAGCAUUUCCAGGCGUUCCGGAGCCGCGGGGAAGAGGCUCUGGGUCUGUACCAGUGGGUCUAUCACACCCACGAGGAUGCCCAGGAGGCCCGAGACAGCCAGGAGGCCCCCGGCGAGGACCCCCAGCCCGACUCAGCCUUCCCCCUGCUGUCCCUGGGUCCCCAGCUGAGCCUGCAUGAGGACAGCCCUGUGGUCAGCCUGACGGUGGACAACGGACAACUGGAGCAUGGCGUGGUGUAUGAGUACGUGAGCACUGCAGGCAUCAAGUGCCACGUGCUGGAGAAGAUCGUGGAGCCCCGCGGCUGCUUCGGGCUCACCGCCAAGAUCCUCAAGGCCUUUGCUGCAGAUGACAGUGUCUUUGUGCAGAACUGUGGGCGGCUCAUGGCCCUGAGCAACAUUAAGACCAUGUCCCACUACGAGUUCCGCAACAUCUGUGACACCAAGCUGGAGAGCAUCGGCCAGAGGAUCGCCUGCUACCAGGAGUUUGCAGCCCAGCUGAAGAACAGGGUCAGCCCACCCUUCAAGCAGGCUCCCCUGGAACCCCAUCCACUGUGUGGCCUGGACUUCUGCCCCACCAAUUGCCACGUCAACCUCAUGGAAGUGUCCUACCCCAAGACCACUCCCUCAGUUGGCAGGUCCUUCAGUAUCCGUUUUGGUCGUAAACCCUCCCUCAUCGGCCUUGACCCAGAGCAAGGCCACCUGAACCCCAUGUCCUACACCCAGCACUGUAUCACCACCAUGGCUGCCCCAUCCUGGAAGUGCCUGCCUGCUGUGGAUGGGGACCCCCAACACCAGGGUCUCAACGACAGCGGCUUCGGGCCAGCCGACGGAACCCCGGGCCAGGAGGACCGGGGCCUGAGCUUCUUACUGAAGCAGGAGGACCGGGAGACUCAGGAUGCGUACCUACAGCUCUUUACCAAACUGGACGUAGCCCUGAAGGAAAUGAAGCAGUAUGUCACCCAGAUCAACAGGUUGCUGUCCACCAUCACAGAGCCCCCCUCCAGGAGCUCUUGUGAUCCCCCUGUAGCUGAGGAGGCCUCAUCCCCCCCGCUGGUCAGCGAGGAGAGCGAGAUGGACAGGGCCGACCACGGGGGCAUCAAGAAGGUUUGCUUCAAGGUGUCUGAGGAAGAUCAGGAGGACUCAGGCCAUGACACCAUGAGCUACCGCGACUCCUACAGUGAAUGUAACAGCAACCGGGACUCCGUCCUGUCUUACACCAGCGUGAGAAGUAACAGCUCCUACCUGGGCAGUGACGAGAUGGGGUCUGGCGACGAGCUGCCCUGUGACAUGCGGAUCCCGUCAGACAAGCAGGACAAGCUUCACGGUUGCCUGGAGCAUCUCUUUAACCAGGUGGACUCCAUCCACACACUCCUCAAGGGGCCAGUCAUGAGCAGAGCUUUUGAAGAGACCAAGCAUUUCCCCAUGGACCACAGCCUGCAAGAGUUCAAACAGAAAGAAGAGUGUACAAUUCGCGGCCGGAGCUUGAUCCAGAUCAGCAUCCAGGAGGACCCCUGGAACCUCCCCAACUCCAUCAAGACCCUGGUGGACAACAUUCAGAGAUAUGUGGAAGAUGGGAAAAACCAGCUGCUCCUGGCCUUGCUGAAAUGCACAGACACGGAUUUGCAGCUGCGCAGGGACGCCGUCUUCUGCCAGGCCCUGGUGGCCGCCGUGUGCACCUUCUCUGAGCAGCUGCUGGCGGCCCUCAGCUACCGCUACAACAACAACGGCGAGUACGAGGAGAGCAGCCGGGACGCCAGCCGCAAGUGGCUGGAGCAGGUGGCGGCCACCGGAGUGCUGCUGCACUGCCAGUCCCUGCUGUCGCCGGCUGCCGCGAAGGAGGAACGGACCAUGCUGGAGGACAUCUGGGUGACCCUGUCAGAGCUGGACAAUGUCACCUUUUCCUUUAAACAGAUGGAUGAGAACUACGUGGCCAACACCAACGUCUUCCACCACAUCGAGGGCAGCCGGCAGGCGCUGAAGGUCGUCUUCUUCCUCGACAGCUACCAUUUCUCCAAGCUGCCCUCCCGCUUGGAGGGCGGAGGCAGCCUGAGGCUGCACACCGUGCUGUUCACGAAGGCUCUGGAGAAUGUGGAGGGGCCACCCCCUCCAGGCAGCCAGGCUGUGGAAGAUUUGCAGCAGGAGAUCAACGCCCAGUCCCUGGAGAAGGUGCAGCAGUAUUACCGCAAGCUCAGGGCAUUUUACCUGGAACGGUCUAACCUGCCUACGGAUGCCAGCACGACAGCAGUGAAGAUAGACCAGCUGAUACGCCCCAUCAAUGCCCUGGAUGAGCUCUGCCGCCUCAUGAAGUCCUUCGUCCACCCUAAACCUGGUGCCAGUGGGAGCCUGGGCGCCGGCCUCAUCCCCAUCUCCUCGGAGCUCUGCUACCGCCUGGGCGCUUGCCAGAUUGCCAUGUGUGGCACGGGCAUGCAGAGGAGCACCCUGAGCGUCUCCCUGGAGCAGGCGGCCAUCUUGGCACGGAGCCACGGGCUGUUGCCCAAGUGCAUCAUGCAGGCCACGGACAUCAUGCGGAAGCAGGGACCCAGGGUGGAGAUUCUGGCCAAAAACCUCCGAGUCAAGGAUCAGAUGCCCCAGGGUGCACCGCGGCUUUACCGCCUCUGCCAGCCUCCGGUGGACGGAGACCUCUGAACGUGCAGACAGGUGCCAGGUGCUCGGCUGCGUCCCCCCCGGAGCUGGGCUUUGGGAGGCCACAGGGGGCCGCG